AAAGGAGUUGAGAGAACUCGAAAAGGAAAAGAAGAAGCAGAAACGAAAACUGGAGAAGGAGAGGAUCUUUCACCAGAAACGGCUGGAGAUUCAGCAAGAGCUGUUCGAGAUGCGCCAGCAGCUAGAGAAGGAGAAACGGGAGAUGGAACUGAAGUUCGAGAAGGCGCGAAUGGAGAAGAAGAACGCCGAAGAAGAGACCCAUCAGAAGAAACUUGACGAGAUGCGAGAAGAGAUGGACGGAGAGCUGAAGCGGAAGAAGGAGUUGACUUGUCGAGAAGUGGAGCAAGAAGGUGCCGAGGAAAGCUCGAAAAACGGGAAAAGCUCGAGAAGAAAAAGUCGGGAAAUGGAAAGCCUGGGAACGGGGGUGAGCGAUGCUAGAGGGCCCUACCGUAAGCAUUCGACACCAAAAGCGACUAAAAAGCUCACAAAGAACUUACUGUUGAGGUCGAAAUACAAGUCAAUCGGAGGUCCAUCGUAUCUGCCAGAGAGUUUCCAAACCGGGCGCGUCGAGGAUGAUACGCCAUUUGGACAUCCCGAGGUUCCGAAAAAGGAGGAUAAGAGUAGUAAGUCAGUGCGCGAGAUUGCAAAGACAAAGGUUCUUCCUAUUACGCUGGUGGAGAAAACGCUGAUCAACCGGCUGAAAAUUCGUAGUGUGACGCAGCCACCACGAGUGACGUAG